AACACCGUUUCUUGAAAAUGAUGGCGGGCGACACGCUGUAUGCACUUAUUCAGUGGGAAGACCGUUUUCUUUCAGUGAUCAAGUUAGAUAAAAUCGUCAAACCGAUAAAAAAUGUUACAGAAUAUGCAGAGGGUGAAAUCGUAUCAGCUAAAUACGGACAAAAGGUCUUUGAGGCUGUUAUUUGUGAAGUUCACUGUGACAAGAAAUACCUGGAUGCCCAGGCGAAACUUCCUCCUAAAUACAAUUUUCAUCAAGUCAAAAGGGGAGCUACCAACAUUGAAGAAGGGGACCAUAGUCAUAGUGUAGCCAAGAAAAGUAAAAUUGCUGAUGAAGGGUUGACAUAUGGAAAUAAGUCAUCUGAGACACAGAGCCCACAGAGCCAAAGUUCAAGUUCUGACGAGAGACCAAUUGAAAGUGACACUACUUUUGACUCGGGCAACUUUGGACACAAAGACAGGACAAAUGAAGAUGGACAAGGAACUUUUCUGACUGAUCAUUUUCAUAAAAGGGAGAAGACACUGGAAAGACGAGUGGCGUAUCUUGAAAGAGAAGUGAAGGAACUUAAGAAAAAAAUGAAUGAGGCCGAAUCUAGAAACAAAGAAACAAGGGAAAUCGAGGAGAAUAGCAGCAAAGACGAUUACGUCUUGAACAGUGUUAAACAUCUACCUGUUCAAAUAGAAAGAGAACAAUUUGACUGCAUUAAAAGAAUGUGUUUAACCCUUUUUACUGAAGAUGAUCUUGUUAAGUGUUCUCGCACUGGAAAAAAAACAGUUAAGUCAAAUGAUGUGAUUAAGCCAGCUCUUGACACACACAAGUUGAUGAUACUAGAAAAAGCUGUUAUGACAAAAAUCCCAUCAAUGUCAGCAUCAGCUUUAAAUAAAAAGAUUGAUAACAUUAUUAAAAUAGUAAGAAGAAAGGUAAAGGUGUGAACCUUCACUGUAUUAAUGUUAUGGCGCCUGUUGUCUGCCCAUACUUCCAUUUUUCUUAAGCUGCUAACUCGUAUGUUACUAUUACUAAAAUAUAAUCAAACUUUCACGGAUAGAUAAUUUCAACAGAUAAUUGUGCAUGUGCUUUUCCUAGUCAAAUUGUUUGAGAUUUAAAGAUAUACUUGGCCAAUCUCUGAGUAAAACAUUUUUAAUGCAGCUAAAUUCCAUAUUAAAAGCCAUAUUGUAUUGGCCAUUUCCAAAAAAAUGCUAGUCUUUUUUAAUGAUGCUUUUUAUUAUUAAUACAGUGUUUACCUUUAAGGUGUAAAGUUAAACUGUAAUUUCUACUUUGUGUGUACUUUGGACAUGAUUGAUUAUUUCUAUUUAGUGUGUUAUUAUUUUAUAUUUAGAUACACAUAAUGCUUUGAGCCUUACCAGUUUCUGCCAGUAUAGAGUAAAAAUUUAUUUCGGAAACCAUGUUUUGGAAGUGGUUACAGCAUUAUCAACAAUCCUUUGUUUUAUAUUCUGUAAUAACAAAGUAUGCCAGUCAGAAAAGUAAAACACUAUUACUUGCCUUUGUUAAAAUAAUAUGGCACAAAUUUCCAUAAUUAAAAGAUGAUGUGUAGACUAGAGCAAAACAAUCAUAUCACAAUCGGAUCACCACCCCUAAGGUCAAGUUGCCUCUAAAGGUCAUCAAAGAAAUUGAAAGUUACUUAUAUAUAUAAUUUUCAAACCAAAACAGAUAUUCAAUUGAUGAUGAAUAAUAAGGUCUAAGUUCUGAGUUCAAACUGUUGAAUAUCUUAUCAAAAUAAAAGUUGUGUCAUCAUUUUUAUCCCCCGCCGAAAAGGCGGUGGGGGAUAUAGUAAUAGUCUCUGUCCGUCCAUCCGUCCGUCCCACAUUUUUGUCCGGAGCAUAUCACAAAAAGUAUUUGAGGUAUCAACUUGAAACUUCAUAGGUGGAUAGAUCUCAUUGAGGAGGAGUGCAGUGCACAAGAAUGAUAACUCUACUCUUCAUAAUUUUUGAGUUAUUGCCCUUUGUUAUUUUUCAUACUUAAUUUUUGUCCAGAGCAUAACUCAAAAAGCCUUUAAGAUAUCAAAAUGAAACUUCAUAGGUAGAUCUCACUCAGGAGGUGUGCAGUGGACAAGAAUGAUAACUCUACCCUUUAUAAUUUUGAAUUAGUGCCCAUUGUUAUUUUUCAUGUUUAUUUUUUUUGUCCAGACUAACUCGAAAUGUGUAAGAGAGAUCAGCUUGAAACUACAUUGGGGUAUAGCUGUCAUAUCCUGGCUUUUUACUCUGUGGGUUAUUGCCUUUUGAUAUACAUUUAAAUGUCAAUGUGUACGAAUAGACUGUUCUCUUUUUUUAUUACUUUUAUCCUUCGGCGGGGGAUUUGGCAGUUUGUGACUGCUUCUUGUUAAUUUUUUGAAUGUUCAUUUACCUGUAUUCACUGAUUUCUGUGAAAUAAAUAUCACAUUAUUAAUGUACAGUUA